AACUGUGGGACAAACUGAUGCUCAGAUUUACAAUUUAAAACCAAAAAAGAUUAGUGAAAUUUAGAGUAGUGGUUUAGUGGUAGUGGUACUUGUGAUCGAUCUAAACCGUGACCUCUUAACCUGUGCGAUGAGUAACGUGGAGAUACCAGCUGGUUUAAAAGAGCUGCUGCAAGGAUACACAGUGGAGGUGCUUCGCCGCAGGCCGCCUGAUUUGGUUGAAUUUGCGGUGCAGCAUUUUACGCGAAUUCUGGAGGGUCAAAGAAAAGACCAAAGGGCCAAGAAACGCAGCACCAAACCUGCACGGAAAGGAGUGACCUUUGAGACAAAGUCAAAUAAAACCAACAAGGACAAAGAGGAAGAGGAGGAGGAGGAAGACACUGUUAAGUGCACCACCGGUAAAUACAGCCGCAGAGUUUCAGUGUGUGCAGAGGCGUACAACCCCGAUGACGACGAGGACGAUGACUCGGAGCCUCGGGUUGUGCAUCCCAAAACAGACGAGCAGCGCCGCAGACUUCAGGAUGCGUGCAGAGAUAUUUUGCUGUUUAAAACACUGGAGCAG